AUGACUGAAGACAAACAACUUUUCCUAUUCGGACAUACGCUUCUGGAGAACGAGAUCUUUUGCUUGAAAGAAUGCGCAGAAAAACGAAAUAAAGGCUAUUGCUCUACUUCGCCUGGAUGUACCGUGCUUCGAAAAAUUCCAGCUGAAGAUGUUUUGCAAGUUACUGCUGGGUAUAAUUAUGUUGCCUUUCUGCUAAAGGAUCAUCGAGUCGCUCGUCUUCGUUAUGAAAUUGUUGCCAACACUAUUGAAUCUACCGCCCCAACAGACAAAAAUGAAUCCGGCCCUGGUUCAUCAACUGCUCCAGCUACCACCACUGCUGGUUCCUCUGAUCCAGCGUCAGCUUCUGCAAAUGCUGCUGCAAACGUCGCAAAUCGGACUGCCAAAGGUCGGGUUUUUUGCUUUUUUUUAAUUUUGAAAUUUAUUUUUAGCGAAUUAUGA